CCUGUGUUGUACCCCCUAGAUUAUUAAGUCAUGCGUGUGAAGUAUAUCGUAUAGCUUGUAAAGGAAGUUAUGAAAACAGUCAUUAUAUGUUAUUUAGUAAUAAAAUGGGUUUACUGGUUGAUCAUCUGAUACAUAGAUUAUCUUUGGUGAUUCCUGAUACUCCAGUUCGUCCAAUCUCACCAUCCGUGCCUGGAGGUCAGAAGCUACCAUCUGACCCAGUAGCGGGUAAUCUGAUGCAACUGAUCGCUACGAUAUUAACAAGACUAGCGAAGAAUAAUCCCACGACUAAAUGUAGCGAAGCUUCAAUCGAGAGAAUGAGUAGUAGUGGCGAUGCGUUUGUAAACAGAGGAAAUGACUUUAUCAGCUACGUAAUCAGCGUGGGUGUCAUUGACAAAUUGCGACAGUUUUUUAGUAGUGUCCGUGGACCUAUAGAUGAUGAUAAAGAAGCUGCAGAAUUUCUACAACAGAGUCUUGGUCUAUUAAUAGCCAUGACUAAAUUCAUGUCUAAGAGAAACACCAAUUUAUUUGAUAAAAAGAAAGCUGACGACCCAUCACAGCUGAUAACUACGUUUGAAGUUACAGAGUUGGUUGGAAUCGUUACGUUGUUAUAUGGGAUGUUGUUACAUUCAGGAGCUUCAAUACGAGGAGAAGCGGCGCCACCAGAUCUGCCAGCGAACACGUUGACCAUCACGAUUACUGGCUUACGAAUGUUAAAUCACAUGGCAACGCUGGAUCUUAAUAUGUUACAGAAGAGUUUAGGAGAGGAAGGAAUAUGGUUAGAAUUCCGCCAUAUUGCUAGUUAUUUAAUGUGGUACUGUAGUCAUCGAGCUAAUGAAGAGUUGUUACAUGAAGUUAUCCUGUGUGUCGGAAAUUUUACAGUUCUUAAUCCAGAUAAUCAGGUGAUCAUUCAAUCUGGCCAACCACCAACAAUUCUACAACAACUCUGUGUCUUACCCUUCGAAUAUUUCAGCGAUCCUAAAUUAACGAACAUUCUCUUCCCGACGUUGAUAGACUGUUGCUAUAGCAACAAGUUAAAUCGGGAAAUAUUGGAACAGGAACUCAGCUGUGCGUUGCUCUCCAAUUUUAUUGAGGAGAAGAUAUUAGAAGCUCAACAACAAGGUUUAUCACCUACACCAGGUUCAGGUGUGGCAGGAAAGAAAAGUAAGAAUCAGACAGAUAAAUUGACAACUGUUCCUGAUAACGAUAGUAGAAUGAAUUUAUCGUAUAGAUUCCCCCAAGAACAAUGGUCUACAGCACAGUCAUACUUUGAAGAAGAAGUUUUAUAGAUAUCAGUGGGAAGUGUCUGAGAAUAUGUUGGACAAGGAAUCAGACUCAAAGCCAAGCCUGGAAAUAUGGCACCUGUCACAGACAAUGUCAGGCACAGAUACAGGCUUUGUCAGGCACUAAACCUCUGCUGCCUGUCAUUUUGUCUGGCACUGAGUUGUCUUUUUUAUUGAUGUUAUUAACACAUGUCCGGCGCUCACUAAGUUGAAAAUGUCAGGUACUAUUUCUUUAGUGUCUGACAUUUUGCCGGAUACAUUUAAAACCGUUAUUUUCAAGCGUUACUCAUCUUCUUCUUAUUGAGGGCGACGCUCUUCCAAAAAAAGCUUAAUGCGACACCAAUUCAUGUACGUUUGGUAGGGUUGUUCUUUGAACAGUUGAUGGACUUCGAUUUUUGAUAUGACAUCACAAUUCUACGAUAGCUGCAAUGACAUCAUACUCGGUUCCUGGUCCAUGGCAUUGCAUGUGUGUACCGUGGACAAUUGCUCAUCGAUUGACAAACAUCGAUUUUUUUUUAUAUAACGCCACAAUUCCAGGAUGGCUGUGAUGACGUCAUACUCGAUUUCUGGUCCAUGACAUGUGUUUGUAUACCUUGGACAAUUGCUCAUCAAUUGACAAACUUCGAUUUUUUAUAUGACAUCACAAUUCCAAGAUGGCUGCGGUUCCUGGUCCAUUGUAUAUGUGUACUUGUUUAGAACAAGCACUCGUAAAUGUCAGCUUGUUAUGUCGUGGUCACAUCUUCAUUUAAUCUGAAAAGAAAGGCUGAACUUGAUACAAGCACCCUGUUUCUGGGCAUGGUCAAAAAAUGUAAAUCUUCAUAUAAAUUUGAGAUAAUAGCCAUUGGAAAAUCUGGAUACUUAAGAGAUUUUAGUUUAAGUUUUUGGGAAUAAGGCUCCUGGAUUGUUCAAGGAACGGAAUUAGUUUUCACUAAGAUUUCUCAUUGCACCCGAUUUAUCAAGCAUCAAAGCCAGGGCACUCUGGUUUGGUUUUUAUUUAUCAAAGCCAGGGCACUCUGGUUUGGUUUUUAUUUAUGACAUAUUUCUAUCACCGCUGUUUAUUAUAAUAUUUUAACAGUAAAUAUUUUGUGUAUAAGCUUUCAAAAAGGUUGUUUGUUUGUGAGAUGUUGUAUUUGUUUAUUUUGUGAAGCUGUUGCUGAAUCGGGUGGCUGAGCGGUCUAACGUAUAUACUUUAGAUCAUAACGUCUGUCAAGUGGUGUGGUGCUGACCCCACACUUGUACGUGACAGGGAUUAGGGUCGCCUGCCUAACCAUGUGGGUUUUUAAUCCCACACAUUUUUAUGUGACAAGGAGUAGGGUUGGCUGCCGAACCUUGCAGGGUUUUAUCCGGACCUUGCAGGGUUUUUUUCCGGGUCCUGAAUGACCCGACACAAAUGUGGUCCAGUGUUAAAUACACAGGGACCCGACACAAGUUUGGUUUAGCAUUUAAAACACAGGGACCCAACACAAAUGUUUUUAUAAUAUUAAAGGCCACAGAAUAAUUUAGAUAUUUUAGACUACGAUCAAAAAGUUGGGUUAUAACAGCGGGCCUUUAUGAUAUAUAAUAUCUAGAGUUAGUAAAGUAAAUGUUUUGUUGUCAAAUAUUUGUAUUAAUUUGUUGUCAAAUAUUUGUAUUAAUUUGUUGUCAGAUAUGUGUAUUAAUUGGUUGUCAGAUAUUUGUAUUAAAAUAAUAAUCUAUCUGUGAUAAAUCUUUAAAGGACAACAUUAGCUGUUGCAGUUUGGCAACAAUAUUAUUUGCCAUUACCAAUGUCAUUUUCUUUGUGUUGUGGUUUUUUUUGGUUUUUUUUCAAUUGGUCCAAAUGGUAUUAUCCAGCUUCAGUAUUCCCCUUGCUAAUAUUUGCCGCUUCUUGUGUCAUUUUCUUUAUGAUGUUUUUUUUUUUUAAUUGGGCCAAAUUGUAUUUCUCUAGCUGUGCUUAUUAUUGGCUGAUAAAUAUUUAAUAUAUUAAAAGCUACAACAAUCUGCUGUGUCCUUUAAUAUAUAAUCCAAAUGUUUCUACAUUUUUGAGAUAAAGAUGAUAAUACUGGAUAGUUUUGUUGACAUAUUAGGGAACCUUCCUUUAUAAGUCAGAUAGUUAGGUUGUAAGUUGUCAUUUUAAAUGUUUUCUUGGCAUUAAUAUUAGGGAACCCUCCUUUAUAAGUCAGAUCGUUAGGUUGUAAGUUGUGAUUUUAAAUGUUUUCUUGGCAUUAAUAUUAGGGAAACCUCUUUUAAAGGGAAUAUGACUAUUGUCACGAGUAUAAUUGUGAUUAGGUCAUUCCUUCACUAGUCAGCCCCCUAAAAACAAUUGUCAGGGAAACGCUCUCUGUUAAGGAGAGCUGCCAGCUACUUAAAUAACAGGGGGCUUAUUGUUUUAGCCCCGUGGGUUUUCUCCGGGUCCUCCAGUUUCCUCCCACUGCUAAAGACCCCUACGCGCAAGCGAAUUAUUGAAAUGAAAUUGAACCAUGUGUUAUUCCCGAAAUGACCUAGUUGUGUCGAGUGGACGUUAAACCCCAUUUCUCUCUGGCUUAUUGUUUUACAGUAUUCACGAAAAACUUUAACUAAAACGUUGUAAGGAUGCAGUGAUAUCAUUACAAGAAGGACCACCGUUCUUGUGAAACCCUAGUUACACCUACUAUUUCUAACAGAACAUUUCCUGUGAUAUAAUGUAAACUUAACAAAAAAAUAUUUGUUGAUGUUUUGAAAUUGAUAUGGUAUUAAAUUGUUUGUUUGGUAUUUAAAUGUAUAUAAACAAUAUGUGUAUAUGAGAAUUUCUGUAAAAAGUUUAAAUUCUACAUGAAGUGUUUUAUACAUCUUUGUAUAUAAAAAGAUCAAUAUAAUUGUUUAAGUUAAGAUUUUUUUUUGUUUAUAUAGAAGUGAGUGUGUGCUAAAUCUUUAUAUAUUUAUUAAAAUUGUAAAUAAAAAUAU